UUGUUACCCCCACCAUUGUUAGCUACGCUAUGCCCCCACUACACCGACACAAGGACCACACUUUCACCCAAAAAUAAGUAGACAGUUUCUGAAUAGUACAUCAAGAUUACUCCUAUUUGGCUCUCAGCUGACCAAAAACACUAGCCGGGAGCCUGUUCGCAGGCUACAGCCGGGCUUGAAAGAUUUACCGAAAGAAGAGCAAGACGAGUGUCAUUUCUUUGGCAAACUAGGGUUUCUUUAAGAUCAGAAAUUUUCCAAAAAACACGGAUAAACCAUCUGAACGUUGAUGAACCUUAAAACCGAUCUUUCAAGAUGAUGGAACUAAACCUAACACGCUUAGACUACUUACAGGUUGGUGUCACGUCUCCUAAGACGAUGAAGCUGUUGUCUAGUGGUGGAAAACGGAGCGCUCAGAAGGUUGCAAUUGCUGAUCAUGAUGGUGUACUAACUUGUUUUGGGAUGAAAAAACAAACUUCCCAGGUGGUUUUCAAGACACUUCCUGGAUCACCAAUAUCUAAAUUACAACUUGGUGGCCUGGAUGGUCCUUCGCAGGAGAAGGUGUUUGUGGCGUCUGGGGCUGAAGUGCGGGGCUAUACUAAGAAAGGAAAACAUUUCUUGGGAUUUGACACCAAUCUGACUGAAAGUAUUCAGUCCAUGUUUGUUAAUGGCGCUGAUCUUUUCCUUUGUGGAAACUACAUUUAUAAUCAUUACCGUGACUGCAAAGAUGAAAACUAUUUCUUGUCUGGAGAUAAGAUUACUGAUGUCCUUUGUUUACCAACAAGAAAAAACACAGAUGCAUUAGUUCCCAUUUUGGCCUGUGAAGACAGAGUUCUAAGGGUUUUGCAGGAAUCUGAUUUGCUGUAUGAAGUUGAAGUAGCUGGACCGCCACUGGUGCUUGCUCUUCUUGGUGGGAAUGGAGGUUUGUCUGGAGAAGAGGUUUUGUAUGGAACAUCAGAUGGAAAAGUGGGAUUGAUUCAGUUAGGAAGGCAUUCACCAAAUCACAAGUGGGAAAUUGCAAAUGACAAGCGGAAUGGAGGUGUCUUGGCACUGGAAACUUUUGACAUAACAGCUGAUGGUGUGCCUGAUGUUCUUAUUGGGCGUGAUGAUGGUUUGGUUGAAGUGUACGGUUUUGAUGAGAUGGAUGAGCCAGUUCACAGAUUUAAACAGGCUUUAAGUGAGAGCAUCACAUCUGUAUGUGGAGGCUGUGUGAGUUCAUCAGGUUAUGAUGAGAUUAUAGCAGCUACUUAUGCUGGUUGGGUGGUAGGUCUUACUACAGAACCUCAACAGAAGGAACUGGGACCCACUAAACCAGAAGCACAGGAACCAAUCAGUGAGGAAGUACAGGCCAAAAUGGACAAACUUAGGUUGGAAAUUGACACCCUUCAACAUAAGGUGGUACAAGAACGGGAAAAAUACCAGCUAACUGCACACUCCGUGUCUGCCCUGUCAGCGAUUCCUCAGUUUGCAAUCAAUGAUAAGUUUGCACUGAACAGGGAUGAUGCCAGCUAUACACUGAGUAUUGAAGUUCAGAUUCCCAUUGACAAUGUCUUGUUACAGAGUGAUGUACCAAUUGAUCUUUUGGAUGUGGACAAGAAUUCUGCUGUUGUCAGUUACAGUGCUUGUGAUAUUGAGAAUGGAAACUUUCUUCUUGCAACUUACAGAUGUCAGGCAAACACAACAAGGCUGGAAUUGAAGAUCAGAUCAAUUGAAGGGCAGUAUGGCACUUUACAGGCAUACAUCACACCCAGGAUUCAGCCCAAGACCUGCCAAGUGCGACAAUACAGCAUCAAACCACUGUCCCUACAUCAGAGAACUCAUGUAUUUGAUGAUUCCAAGCCAAUGAACACAUUGAAGUUGAUGGGUCAUUUCAGUUUUGCUGAAGUUCAUUCCUGGGUCUGUUUCUGUCUCCCUGAAGUGCCAGACAGAACUCCAGCUGGAGAGCAAGUGAGCUUUCAUUUCCUGUCAACAUUCCUUGACACACAGUUAGACUGUCAGUACAAAAAAGGAGAAGCAGUCUUUAAAUCAGACAAUAUCUCAACAAUAUCAAUCCUCAAAGAUGUUCUCACAAAAGAAGCUACGAAAAGAAAAAUCAACCUCAACAUUUCUUAUGAUCUUAAUGAAGAUUCUGUGGUCCACACGCUGAACCUUAUUCAUCCAAAGCUGGAAUACCAGCUUUUGCUGGCCAAGAAGGUCCAACUGAUUGAAGGACUAAAGGAACUACAGAUGCAUGAAAGUGAUAUUGGAUUCUUUGCUCCAGAAUACCAAAAAAUUCUAGAUGAUGCAGAAAACCUUCAAGCAGAAUAUAAGAAGCAGCCCUGUCACUUGGAAAGACUUUAUGGUAUGAUUACUGACCUCUACAUUGACAAGUUUAAGUUCAAGGGAAUGAAUGUGAAAAGCAAGGUUCCUAUUCUUCUGGAGGUGCUGGACAAUUACGAUCUACAAAACCUUGUGGAAUUCUUUGAAGGAUCAUAACCAGUCGUACUGCUUUACUUCCAUGUUGAAAAAAGCUGUAAAUAUAAACCUCAGACAAGGUGUAUAACAGACAAAAUCACCACCUUGAGCACAACUGUAUGUGGACUUGAUUCAUAAUAGAUCAAAUUGAAAGCACUUGAAUUAACCAGUGUAUCCUUGGUUGAUCUGUUUUUACUUCAUUCACUUGGUUUUGUAUUUUUACUUCAUUCACUGGUUUAGUAUUUUUACUUCAUUCACUUGGUUUAGUAUUUUUACUUCACUCACUUGGUUUUGUAUUUUUUCAGUCAUAAAUUAGAAGUCUGUUUCAUUAAGAGUGAUUGGUCAGUUCUCACAAAAUUUUACUGCCAAACUCUUUGUCUCUUACAAGUGAUACUUUCUGCAUAAGUUUGUAAAUUUUCAGUCAUUAAGUACUACAGCAAUGCUCUUUUCUAGAAACCACUCCAGGAUCAACUAACCAUACAACUGAUUUAACAUGAUACAUCUUGGUUUAUACCAUAAACAACAUGUAGUUUAUUAUUAAAAGGAGAUUAUUUAUUUGUAAUUAAUGUACAUAGUUGUGUGUUUGGGUUUUUAAUCUUGCUUUGACUGCAAAAAGACAAAUUCACUUGUACAAAAUAUUCAUAAAGGUCACAAUCAUUGACACACUUAGUCAUUGGCUUUCCGCUUUUUGCCCAUGUUAUUUCCAAUUGAUUAAAAUAAUUAUUUGACA